CAGAUGAGUCCUGUCUUUUCACAGUGGAUGGUGUGGGUUUUUGCGGACCUAAUAGACCAGGUUGACCACUAAUAAUGGCUUUUUAAUCAUGGAAAAGCUGCUAAUUUCUUAGAUUUAGGUCACCAAGGACGCGUAAAUUCUUGGCACCGUGCGUAAAAAAGGUGGAAUUGUUUUGGAUAAAAAUGUACACAGCAAGAAAUCGGACUAUUUUUCCGUAGAUUACAUUUCUUGAAACCGGAUUUAAAGCAUGAACUGGUGCUUAAAUCACCAGUUCAUGGAUAUCAAAGUCUUAGAUUAAGGUCACAAAAGGACGCGUAAAAUUCUUGGCACCGUGCGUAAAAAGGUGGAGUUGUUUUGGAUAAAACAGUACACAGCAACAAAGUGGACUAUUUUUCCGUAGAUUUCAUUUCGUGAGACCGGAUUUAAAGCAUGAACUUGUGCUUUUAAAUCUGUAAACACACCACAGUAAGUAAGCUACGGUGUCGCUUCCUGAUUCAGCACCGGAUGGCUCGGUUGCUCGGAGACAAGAAGAGGUACAUCACCCUGGUUACGCACGGCUUAAAGUGUAAAGAGUGACACAUAUGCAGAGCUUUUACGGUAAAGAAAGUAAAGAUAUUCAGUAAAUAUAACGUCAUACUCACUCCCAACCCACAGAUACUAACAGUAGUGGUAAAGUUGUCCUGAUAUGCCUCCCAGCUGGCUGCGAAGAUGACACAUUUUGCGCACAAAUCCCGGUUUCAAGGUAACAGUUUGACAGCGGACGGAAACAGCUCCAGUGAAGUUGGACUUCUUCUUCUCAGCAGAGUACAAAAUGGGACACAACCACCUGUUCUCUGUGGUGAGGACGGCUGUUUUAUGCUCGCUACUCUCGUGUCAGUCAGUUCUUUGUCAUGAGAAGACCCACUCUCACGCUGAGGAUGAGCUCUUCAAGACGCUGUUCGCUGGUUACAGCAAGUGGUCGAGGCCCGUGCCGAACAUCUCUGACGUGGUCAUCGUCAAGUUUGGACUGUCCAUAGCACAGCUCAUUGAUGUGGAUGAGAAGAACCAAAUGAUGACAACCAACGUGUGGCUUAAACAGGAGUGGAAUGACUACAAACUUCGCUGGAAACCUUCCGACUAUGACAACGUGACGUCCAUAAGAGUGCCGUCAGAGCUCAUAUGGGUACCGGACAUCGUUCUAUACAACAACGCUGAUGGAGAGUUCGCUGUGACCCACAUGACGAAGGCUCACCUGUUCCACAACGGUAAAGUCCGCUGGGUCCCUCCCGCCAUUUACAAGAGCUCCUGCAGCAUCGACGUCACCUUCUUCCCCUUCGAUCAGCAGAACUGUAAAAUGAAAUUUGGCUCCUGGACGUACGACAAGGCCAAGAUCGACCUGGAGACAACUGAAAAAGCAGUAGACCUGAACAACUACUGGGAGAGCGGCGAAUGGGCCAUCAUCAACGCCGUGGGGACGUACAAUACAAAGAAAUACGACUGCUGCCAUGAGAUCUACCCAGACAUCACGUACUUCUUCAUCAUCCGAAGGCUCCCCUUGUUUUACACCAUCAACCUCAUCAUCCCCUGUUUGCUGAUCUCCUGCCUCACCGUUCUGGUUUUCUAUCUCCCCUCAGACUGCGGUGAGAAGAUCACCCUGUGCAUCUCUGUGCUUCUGUCCCUCACUGUGUUUCUCCUCCUCAUCACCGAGAUCAUACCGUCCACAUCCCUCGUCAUCCCGCUCAUCGGCGAGUACCUCCUCUUCACUAUGAUUUUCGUCACCCUCUCCAUCGUCAUCACCGUCUUCGUGCUCAACGUGCACCAUCGCUCUCCCAGCACUCACAAGAUGCCCCGCUGGGUCCACUCUGUGUUCCUGGACAUGAUCCCGCGCUGGCUGUUCAUGCGGCGGCCUGCGCCAGAUGGCCGGCGUCGCAGGCUGCUGCUGCUGCAGCAGGAGGCGGCAUUGGAGCGGCGGCAGGGCCGAAUAUUUGGGUACAAAUCUGGUAACUGCCUCAGCACCUCGGCGACCUGGUUAAGAGACGGGACCACGUUAGAAGACCCCGAGAGAAGCUCUUAUGAGGAUUUAGAGCUGGGAACGCUGACGUCGUAUUUCUCCUUCCGCCCCCCUUCGCCCAGACCUCCGGGGUCGACUCCCCCUCCACAACAGAAGAACCCACAGAACAGCCUGAGCCAACACGAGGGGCCUGUAGUGACAAACAGACAUUUAACAGGGGCCAAAGCCAAUCCCACUCAGAGGCCAGCUAAAGCUGACAAUACAGUAUCAGACUCAACAAUCCUGCUUUCACCAAGUGUUAUACGCGCUCUGGAAGGGGUGCACUACAUCGCAGACCAUCUGAGGGCUGAGGAUGCUGACUUCAGCGUGAAAGAGGAUUGGAAGUAUGUCGCCAUGGUGAUUGACCGUAUCUUCCUGUGGAUGUUCAUUAUUGUGUGCCUGCUCGGGACCAUCGGCCUCUUCCUACCCCCUUGGCUAGCUGGCAUGAUCUAGCUCGUGUGCGAAGGUGUGAAAAAAAAA